AUGGAGAAGUUGAACAUCAGCGACCUUGUCAAGGAAACUAGUGACUAUCACAAGCUCACUGACCAGCAGAAGAAGCAACUCAUAAGCAAGUUUGACAAAGUCAAGAAAGAGUGUGCCUGUAGUUUUCAAUUUGUGAGAGAAGAGCUCUCAAUAAACGUGUCAGUGCUGAGGCUUUUAUCAUCAUGGUUCAUGGCAUUUUUCACCAGCUCUGCAAUGGAACAAUUUGUCCAUUUGUAUUUGCACAAAGACAUUGCCAAGAUGGCAACUGACUUUGAAAGCACUGUGCUGGCCAAUGGCCUUGUCAUCAGCACAGCUGCUAACCAUCAUGAACAUGUGGCAAAAGCAAAGACUGCCAUCCACAUUGGCCUAUGUACAUCACUCUGUGAUGUGACAGAUGAUCCCUCUGCAACAGUCGAGUUUACCCAGUACAACAAUCUUAACCACCCCCAAUGGGCCAACCCAUCAGACUUAAAAGGGGGGAUUGAAAGCCUCAAGAAAGUUGCUAGUGCUAUUGCAGAAGGGACUUGCAAGUUUGUGUCAAUCACACAUGAAGAAGUUGAAGAACAGAUGGUGCAUAUCAAGAAUGGGGAGAAGCUCACUCCUGAGCUCAAGCCUCUCACGACAUCUGACACCCUUCCUUCACAAACACCAGCCAUGACACAUAACUCCCUUCCUUCACAAACACUGGCCACAACACGCAACUCUCUUCCUGCUCAAACCACUCACACCUCCUUGAUUACAGAUGUCAUGGUGGAUCCCACACUUCAUGUUCUUGACAAUUCUUCUACUAUGCCUGUGGAGCAUCUUCUGAGUCAGCCUGAUAGUGCUCUGGCUACUGUGCAGCUUCCCCCCAGUCAGUCUCAAGUGCAUGCUACUACCCUACCCCCUUCAACCAAUGAAGAUGCCCUUGUCUCGAGGAUAAAUAGCAGCUGCAAGCAACCUGUAGACAAUACUGCACCAUCCAAAGGACAACACCAAAAGCAUGCCCACAAGCUCACUGAAAAGGUGCAGCUGCUGGGCAGCCUGGGCUCUGACUCAUGUGAGAAGCAUAAAGUACAGCGCAAAGCAAAAGAUGGACAGCAGACAAAAAGGAGCAAGGCUGUCAUUGAUUCCAACCAAGAGAAUAACAUGUAG